CUGGCAAGAAUGUUGGAGUUGAAAGUCUUAACUAAUGUGCCAACUUCCAGGGAAGAACUGAAGAAAUUUAGGAUGUCCCUUUCUUUGACUUUCAUCAUUUCUUUUAUCGCUGUCAUUACUCCAGCUGCCCACAGUGGGAAAGUGCUGGUAUUUCCACAUGAUGGAAGCCACUGGGUGAACAUGAUGGUGCUUGUGAAGGAGCUGCAUUCAAGGGGCCACAACAUCACAGUAGUUCGAGCUUCAGACAGCUGGUACAUCAAGGAGGUCUCUCCCUUCUACAGAUCAGUUGCAGUAGAUACUGCUAUGGGUGCUGAUGAGGAAUUCUUUCGUUCAUUUGUGUCAAAAGUCAUCCAGAUAAAACGAGGGUUUGGGUCUUCCUGGACUCGUUUCACUUUGGACAUGGUGUUGAAAGACAAGUUUUCAGAAAUGCAUAGGAAAGUCUGUCAGACAGUGUCACACAUGUUUGAGAGUAAGGAAUUGAUGAGGUCCUUAAGAGAUGCCAAGUACGAUGUGAUUUUGACUGACCCUGCAAAUGGGGGAGGAGUUAUGCUGGCUCACUACUUAGGCUUGCCCCUAGUAUUCAAUGCUAGGUGGACUAUUCAUGGUGAGGCCCAUUUUGCAAUUGCCCCUUCUCCACUUUCUUAUGUUCCCUUUCCAGUUGCAGAAUUAACAGAUCAAAUGACUUUUUCUGAAAGAUUAAAAAAUGUAAUUGUUUACUCAAUGAGGAUGCAUCUCUACAGACAGACAGUUGGGCAUCACUAUUCUGCACUAUGCAGCCACUACUUUGGCCCGGAUGUAAACUAUUUCUCCCUGUUUCAAGCAGCGGAUUUGUGGCUCAUGAGAGUUGACUUUGUUUUUGAGUUCCCUCGCCCCACCAUGCCAAAUAUUAUCUAUAUGGGAGGGUUCCAGUGUAAACCUGCUGAACCGCUUCCUCAGCACCUGGAAGACUUUGUGUUGAGUUCUGGGGAACAUGGAGUCAUCAUCAUGUCUCUAGGAACUUUAAUUGGAGAUCUCCCCCAUGACCUAGCUGAGGAGAUCGCUGCAGCUUUUGCUAAACUCCCUCAGAAGGUCAUCUGGAGACAUAAAGGUACCAGGCCAACAACUCUAGGAAAUAACACUUUACUAGUUGACUGGAUGCCACAGAAUGACCUGUUAGGUCAUCCACAGACCAAAGCAUUUGUAGCACAUGGAGGAACAAAUGGGAUUUAUGAGGCUUUAUAUCAUGGUGUUCCAAUAAUAGGCAUUCCCCUUGUCUUUGACCAGGCAGACAACCUUUCCAGAAUGAAAGUGAAAGGUGUGGCGAAGGUUGUGGAUAUUUCUGCAUUAGAUAGGAAUGUGUUUUCCAGUGCCUUACAGGAAGUUCUUCAUGAGCCGUCCUACAGGAUGAACAUGCAGAGGCUCUCCAGGCUGCACAGAGACCAGCCAAUAAACCCACUGGACCACGCCCUCUUCUGGAUAGAGUUUGUAAUGAGACACAAAGGUGCUGCUCACCUGAGAACAGAGUCCUACAGAAUGCCCUGGUACUCCUACCACUCUAUAGAUGUUAUCGUGGUCUUGCUAGCAUUCAUACUCCUUAUUCUGCUGACGUUUGCUACCUUAAUCAAGUGUCUAUGCUCCAGGAUGUGUUUAAGGAAAAAGAGUAAACGCGAUUAAAAGUGGUUAUUGAACAUUUAUGCUAUUUGAUUUUUGGUUUGUUUUGAAAGAUGUCUAUCACAAACAUAACUUGUGAUCAAAGCUGCACAUUACUGAGGUAAUGCGUUGUCAAAAAAAUAAGUUACCUGAAUGAAUGAUUCUUUUAUUACUAGUCCUUAAGGUGUGAUGGGAAACUUGCAAGAACGAUAACAGCACAUUAUACAUUGCAUCUAGUCAAUGUUGAAGGAGUAGGCUACAUCUUGGAUGGACUAUGGGUAUGCACAGCUGAUUUACAACUAAUUGCAAUUAAUUGUACAAGGCUGGCAUAAAAGAUAAGUGACUGUCAAGUCAGUUCUGUUGUUCUACACUGUAUGAUCCACAGUAUUCUAAGUAUGUUUUUGACAUGUUUCCAUUUUCAGUAGAAUGUGAAACACAUCGUCUAGGUCCACAACAUACAUUUUUACUAAGUGCUGAUGUUUGUAGUGGGAAACGUAUCCUACAGCUCGAAUUAUUUAACAUCCAUUUUGUAACAAUCUAAUGUGUAUUUAGAUUGAACGAUUUGUACGAGAUAAACAAGGCUCAGCGUUUUCGGUUUUUAUUUUUUAAAGCCAUCCAGCAUGCCACAUUUCGCCACAAGAGGACACUGUUACAUAACCUCACAUCCGUGGAAACAUAAAAUCCGGGUGAAAAUCAGUUUAAAAAUCUGGGUAUUUUUCGGUGAAAAUCGGUAAAAACCGAAAACGCUGACCCUUGAAGACAAACAAGGCUUUGUUCAUGUAGCAUAGGCUCUGUAAUGGACUGGCGACCUGUCUAGUGGGUCUCCUUGCCGGAGACUCCAUGUGGCAAAGUGCUGUUUCCAUUAAUUUUUUUUUAUGUUUUGUGAAUUACAGGAAGUACUACAAAAAUUAGGACGAUAAACUGCAGAUUUAUAGGUCUCAAGUGCGCCCUCGACAGACGCGAGGGCGCACUUGCAGACCAGCAGUUCCGGCAGUCAUGCUGGCUGGCGUUCGCUCUCUGUACAGUGAUUUUUUUUGGACUGUGUUGCACUGAGUGCACUGUAUUGUUACACUUUUCUUUUUGCGUUGUUCUCUCUGUUUUUGUAUGUUUUUGGUGAUGUCGUUUUGGGAAGUUUUGGAUGUGUGUUUUUAUCUUUUGUGUUGCACUGCUGUGGGCUGGGUGAAACCAAAUUUAAUUUCUUUCGUGUACACAAGUACACGAAAGAAAUAACAAUAACUUGUUCCUGAUUCCUGAGGUGAAAUAAAACGAAUAAAACCAUUAAAUGUAACAACCACUGAAAACUUUGUUUUAUUUUUUAACAGAUAAUCUUUUUAAAUAAAACU